AUGGGCAAGAAGCACGAGCCCUCCACCCCGGCGGCCGCCGCCGAGACGCCGUGGAAGGGGCGUCUGCGCUCGCACCACGCGACCCCUCUCAGCUCCCGCUUACAGCGGAUCCCUCCCCGACCAUCCAGGACCCGGGACGAGGACGAGGAUGCCCGGAGGUUCAAGACCCCGGCGACGGCGAGGUUCAAGACCCCGGCGACGGCGAGACGCCGCGACGAGGGCGACGGAACCGUGCGCCGGUCUCUGAGGGUCCUCGCGCGCCGGUUUGGCGGCCAGGAUGCGGAGCACCCGAUUGUGCUCGACGGCGAGGACGACGAGGAAUGCGAAGUCAGGGGUAACCAAUCAGCGAUUGCGCCUGUUCGGAGAUCUGCGCGGUUCCAGCGAGGCGAUACGAGUCUGAGCAAGCCACCAGUGGAGAAGGAAAUUCACCGGCAACGGCCGCCGCGGAUACCGAAUCGCCGGGACAUUGCCCAUAACAGGGAGACUCAAAAUGCUGUUAAGAGCGGCAAGACGCGAGAGAAUCCGACAAGGAGUAGCCAGAGAAUUGCUGCACUACAGUCUUCAGCAAGGAUGAAAGAACACAAGGAGCUCCAGACAUUGUAUGAAGAUGCCCAAGACGUUCCUGCCACUGCCAGGAGAAAGACUGCACAUGCAUCUUGCAAAAAGAGUGAGAUGCAAGAGCCAAAGCCCAGUUGUUGCGAGGAGCCGACAAGGAAGAGGACGAGAGGCUCGGAGAGAAGGCCGGAAUCAGGGAAGCAAAGUCACCCAUCUGGUUGUCCAGAAAUCGCACCUAUCAAUAAACCAAGAAACAUCAUCCACAAGAAGGGUGGAAAUGAUCCUUCUUCCAUAGUGCAGCCCAAAACUAGUGAUGAAACGCUGAUGGACACCAAGGAAUGCAAUGAAGAGAUAUGUGGUGUUAAAGGAGGAGAACAGCAGCAGCUUUGUGCUUCAGAUGAUUGGACAGAAGAGCAGGACCUGACAUUGCGCCAGGCUUACUUCACUGCUCGGCCAUCCCCACAUUUCUGGAAGAAAGUUUCCAAAUUGGUGCCAGGAAAAUCUGCCCAAGAGUGCUUCAAUAGAGUUCAUGCUGACCUUUCAACACCCGCUCCAAUUGCCCCUCGUCCCCGAACAAGUAAAAUACAGUUUUCUCCUCUAGGACAUUUCAAAUUGUCUGAUUCAAAAGUUCCAAAUCUCUUGGAACCUCUAGUUGGAAGACGAAAGACCGCCAAACAGAAGAGCCUAGCAGCACAGAAGACAGUGAGACAUUUGCUGAAGAAGCAUUCCCUAAUUGACCAAGCUCAAGAGGCUGAUCACUUCUCUAUAUUUGAAACUUCACCAUCUGCUUUACAAUUGAACAUUCCGCUUGAGGAUUCUCCUGGAACCCCUGACAACUGUAUAAAUUCCUUUCCCCUCGUCAAGUACAGCGUGAGUUCUUCAGCACGUAAGAGACCGUUGUCAAAAUUAAAAACUAAGCAAGCUGAACUGAGUCCAGCAGUUCUGAAGCCUAUAAAGAAUGUAUUUUUACAUGAGAGGUACAUUAAUCAGUUGUCCCGAAGAGAGGUGGCAAAAAAACCUCGUAAGAAAGCUGCUGGCACCAAAGCAACUGAUCCUGAGAAGCCUCUUUUGGAGCAGCAAGCUGGUGUUGUGAAGGCUGCAAAGAAUGCUCUUAUGUCAGAAGCAACAGACUUCAUAUGCCAGUUUAAGAAGUUACAAGCCAACUCCCUUGCACAUGUUCUGGAAAACAGUGAAGAUGAUGUGGAUAAUUCUGUGUAGUGUCAUAGUGGUUCCAAGAUGCUUUUAGCAUAUAUGCUCUCCCCUCAAUUUUAAAGCAGCCGGAUGGCAUGUCGUUAGCUAACUAUAGUUAGUAGAGUAAGACUGUAAAGAGACUGAUGAUAAGUCAUGGAAGUUAUCGUGCAGUA